GGAAAAAUCAUCAUUCACAAAAACAACAACAUAAACUACGCACAGCUAUCCACAACGCCCACCUCCCCAUCUCACACGACGCACUCUUUUUAAAAAUCUACGGAGAGUAUCGCGAUUCACCUACCAUUAUCUUUAACCGUCAAUAUGAGCGAUCUCGACCACGCAAUAUCCCUUCUCCGCUCAUGCAAACCAAUCCCUGAACCGGCCGUCCGAGAGCUCUGUUAUAAAGCUCGCGAGCUACUAAUCGAAGAAUCGAAUGUCCAACUCGUUGACGCGCCGGUAACAAUUUGCGGCGAUAUCCAUGGGCAAUUCCAUGAUCUCAUGGAGCUCUUUCGAGUCGGCGGUGACGUGCCGGAAACGAAUUACUUAUUUAUGGGCGACUUCGUCGAUCGCGGUUUCUACAGUUUAGAGUCGUUCUUGCUUUUGCUGAGUCUGAAGAUAACCACGGUUUACGGAUUUUAUGACGAGUGCCUUAGAAAGUAUGGAAGCGCUAAUGUAUGGCGGUAUUGUUGCGAGGUCUUUGACUACCUAGCAUUGGGUGUGAAUAAUGGUGCUGUUCUGUGUGUUCAUGGGGGGUUAAGCCCUCUUGUGGACAGUGUGGAUAAAAUUCGAUUGCUCGAUAGGAAACAGGAGGUUCCGCACGAAGGUGCAAUGUGCGAUCUCCUCUGGUCUGACCCAGAUGAGAUCGAUGGCUGGGGCCUUUCUCCCCGUGGCGCCGGCUUUCUCUUUGGAGCUGAUAUAGUGAAGCAUUUCAAUCACCUAAACAACCUCACUUUAAUAGCCCGAGCCCAUCAGCUUGUAAUGGAGGGCUUCAAAGAAAUGUUCGACUCUAGUAUCGUAACUGUCUGGUCCGCACCAAAUUACUGUUACCGUUGUGGUAAUGUAGCCGCAAUUCUUGAGCUUGGAGAAGAAAGGAAUGGGAGACGGUACCGAGUGUUCGAAGCGGCCCCCCAGGAUAGUAGAGGAAUGCCAGCGAAAAAGCCAGUGGCUGAUUACUUCUUGGUACGCGUCUAUUCUACGGUAUGGGCUGUAGGCCACCUGUUGCUGACAUUUUCCAGUAAUAUCAUGUUUAGAGGGUGAUGGCUGGGUGUUGGGGGUUUUGGUUGAGCUCUACUUCGUAUAGCUUUAAGUCUUUUGUAAAUCGGGUUACCUUUUGUCCUAUCAUUAUACAUUUCUAGCAUUGACACGCCCAAAGCUCUAGACUUUAAGCUUUGCUACAUUGUCACCAAUAA